ACCCCCUGUUCCCAUAUAAAAUGUCUCUAACAAUUCUCAGCUGAUAAAGCAGUUCACAAUUUUGUCAAAGGAAGAAACCCCACUCCUCCUAUCCAUCAUACAACAGAGACAAAAAAGAAUGGGAAAAAGCUUCAAGGUUCGGUUGUCCAGAGUCAUUGCUUCCUUCAACUCCUGCCGUUCCAAGGACACUUCUUUUCUUCCCCAAGUCCCUAAUUUCUUCCCACAUACUAAUAAGCUCAGCACUACAAAACUCAUCUCCCCCGAUUUCCCUCUUAUUAAUCAAAAUAAAAAUACCCCUAAGUCCUCCUUCAAACGCCACGUGUCAUCGGAGCCCAUGAUGAUCUCAGUUGGGUGUGGGUUUAAGUCGCCACGGUCACAAGAUCAAUUCAAGUGGGAGAAAGAAGAUAAGUUUCACGUGGUUUCCAGCUGCUUAGUCUCUGAAGAAGAAGAGGAGAAUAAUAAUUUGUCCUUACGAGCCCCUACUACUCCUCCACGAUUCAGCACUGAGAAGAAGAAGAAGAAGAAGAAAGGGAGAGUUAAGAAGACGAAAAUAAAAAGCAGACUCCAAAUAAGCACCUCCUCAGCUGACGAGUACAGUGGGGUUUUAAGCGGUACUGAUCAAGGAACUUGGGAUAAUUAUAACGAAGAGGAGGAAACUGAAACUUUAGUUUCAUCUUCCAGAAGCUUUGAUUUCUCAAGUGAUGACUCAUCAACAGAUUUUAACCCUCAGUUGGAAACCAUAUGUGAGACCGCUACUAUGAGGCGUCGUCAUCAUAAGAGGAAUGGCAGCAGCAAGAGGAGAUUUAAGCAUUCAAGACCAAGUUUCUCCUCUUCAAUGGGUCGAAGGUCGUCAGUUUCAACAUCAUCGGACAGUGAGUUACCAGCAAGGUUGUCAGUGUUCAAGAAGCUGAUACCGUGUAGCGUGGAUGGGAAAGUGAAGGAGAGCUUCGCGAUCGUGAAGAAAUCACAGGACCCGUACGAGGACUUCAAGAGGUCAAUGAUGGAAAUGAUUUUGGAGAAGCAAAUGUUUGAGAAGAGUGAGUUAGAGCAGCUUUUACAAUGUUUUCUGUCGUUGAACGGAAAGCAUUAUCAUGGAGUGAUUGUUGAGGCUUUCUCUGAGAUUUGGGAGACUUUGUUUUUAGGUAAUGGUAAUGAUAGAGGUAGGAGGAUGUCAAGUCAUCCCCACCCAAUCGCUGUAUGCAGAACCCUUUGAUUAAUCCAGCAACUGUGGUCUCUUGUUUAAUUAAAUAAAUUGAAGUUUUCAUUUCUGUCGUUAA